AUGGAUAUCAAAGCAACAGCGCAUCAGAGACACCAUCCCCAGGAAGCUGGAGAAGAUGAGACUGCUUCCCCCAACCCAGAGGGCUGGAAGAUCAACUACGAGAAGUCGUGGCUACACCGCCAUUGCUCUUCCUUGCUCCUCCGCGACAAGCAGGCCCAGAAGGCUGGGCGGCUUUUCUCAGGACUGAUGGCCAUGAACGUGGUGUUCCUGGGCAGUGCCUUCAUCUGCAGCAUGUUUUUCAACAAGGUGGUCAUUACGCUGGAAGACGUCUGGAUCUUCCUCUCCAUCCUCAAGGUCCUGGCCUUAGGCUGGAUGGCAAGCUAUUUAUUGUUCACCAGGAGGAAGCCACACGCUAUCUUGUACCGGGAUGCCCAUGCCGGGCCCAUGUGGGUUAAAGGUAAGCAGUGCUGCCACCAUCUCCAAUGUCCUGACAAUGUGUCAGUUCUAGAGUACUUCACAUACCAGGAUCCAAGCAUAGCUCCUGGGGCACCUACCUGGUUAAUAGGCCCAAGUACCUGUUUUCACAUCUUGGGGAAAACCUUAAUGGUGGGCUAUGGAAGCACUAGAAGAGAUGGUUCACUAAUUGUUUUUAGGCAGCCUAAGAAGAAGUACAGAUUAAAAAAAAGACACAUACUACAAACCCUGGGGACAUUCGCACACCUUGUUGGUGCAUUCCCUUUUGCACUGUGCUUGGUUUUUUAAAGGUGCUUUUAUUUAAUAUCAGGGGUGGGAGAUCUCAGGUUCAGAAGCCAAAUGUGGCCCUCCCUGUCCUUCUGUCUGGCCCUUGGAAUUCUCCCCAGGUCACACACUACAAGUGUUUUUUUUCCUGGCUGCAAUGCAUCCUUUAACUCUGCUCAUGUCUACCUCCUAACUAGACAAGCAAGGGAGAGGAAUGUGUGUAUAGAAAGCAGCUACCUAUACAAAGGUAAAAUCUGCGUUCAAUGCUCCACCCACUUUUGCCUCGGUCCCCCACCCACCACUGGUUGCCCAGAAGGGAAUGCGGUGCUCAGGCUGAAACAGGACCCCCACCUCGCAGGUUGACUGUUCUUAUUAGCUUGCUCUUAACAAAAUAUGGUUGGUUUGUGUGUUCAUACAGGUUCUCUAAUCCUGUUUGGCGCUUGCAGUGUCCUCCUGCACAUGUUCCGGAUUGGGUACAACAUUAUCCAUAUUCAGUGUAAAUCCCAGGUGGCCCUUUUGUUCCCAUCCAUAGGAAUCCUCUUCAUCUGCAUUCAGGUAUUAGCUCCUGCUUUUGCUACAGCCCAGCCUCUUUGCUAACAAAAGAGCUCACUUUUAUCAUUGGUAUCAAAAGUAUAUAUAUACACAUUAUCGUAUAAACACAAUGAUAUUAUAUGCUGCCAAUCUAAGAGUUGUGUUUGUGUGUGUGUGCUUGUGCGUGCGCGCACACACACACACAGAGGGUUGCUUGCCUUCAACUCCUGAGUUUUUUCCCAGACCUUCAGAUUUGCAGGAGCGGGGGGGGGGGGGGACCAGCUGCCUUUUCUCCCAUUUCCAAUCUGGUCCUUUCACAUUUUAUCCGCUGCAGCAAGCAGGAGACUCCCAAAGUGGGAAGAGGGCAGACAGGCAAAACACAAAGUUACAACAUACAGAGAGGGAGGGGAAAACCACAAAGGUGCCUUUCAAAACUUCAGUUUCAUAUUUAGUACUAGCAGCCUUGUACCUGGCAUUGCUUGGUAAUUCUAAGAAACAGACAAAAAUUGGAGCAGUUCGGAAAUUAUCCACACAUAGACAAAAACUUGCUCCUAGAUCUCAGGACUCAUAGUGUAGAAUUUGGUUACAUCUCAGGAGAUGUUCAAAUGCUAACAAGGUUACAUUCAAGUAUCUGUAGCCGAACACAGAACAAAUGGCCCACUCCCUCCCAGUGGCGUAGCUUGAAUUGCCAGUGCCCAGGGCAAGGAAAGUAUUGUGCCCCAAUUACCUGUACAAAAUUACAAGCAACAUGCUUAAUUUAUCUAACAAGAUUUACUGUAUUUUUCUGUUUAUGACUAGGUUUUUUUAACCAAAAAAUUAGGUUAAAAAUUGGGGCUCAUCUUAUACAUGGUAGUGCUGAGGGGUGUUUUCUUAAUUUGGAGUCCCCCAAAAUAGGGGGUAUCUUAUACAUGGGGGCGUCUUAUAGACAGAAAAAUACAGUAUAUACUGCUUGAUUGUAAGAAAGCCUUUAAGUGGUUUUUACAUGUUGGCCAUCUGUACAAAACUGUUUUCAUUAUUGCUGCCACACUAAUUUUCCUCUCUGCAUUGAUUUCAGACUUACUUUAUAUGGUGCCAUGCAAAGGACUGCACCCAGGUUCACCACAACUUCACCAGGUAGGAAAACAGAAGCAUGAAACCUUUACAAAUCAUAAUGGUGAAACGGGAGCAGUGGGGGCUCACUUCAUAACAGAGGCAAAGAACCUGUGGCCUAUCAGAUGUUAUGGCCCCAACUCUCAUCAGCACCAACAGCCAACAAGGGAUGAUGAGAGUUGAGAGAACAGCAUCUCAUAGGGCCACCAAUUCCCCACCCCUAACAAAAUUAAGUACUUUGUCACACAACACAUAGCUAAACUAUGGAAUUUGCUCCCAUUGGUAGCAAUGGCCACCAACUCAGAUGGUUUCAAAAGAGGAUUAGACCAAUUUGUGGACAAUAAGUGGCCUCUAGCCGCAAUGGCUGUAUUCUACCUCUACCAUCAGAGUAGGCCUCUGAAUACCAGUUGCCAGGAAUCGCAAGUGGGGAGACUGGCACUCAAGUCCUGCUUUGGGGUAACUGGUAUUCAAUAAGCUUCUGGCUGGCCCUUGUGAGAAUAGAGUGCUGGACCAAAUAAGUCACUGGCCUGAUCCAGCAGGUUUUUGCUAUGCAGAAUCGAGCACUAGUUAUAUAGGAUUGCAUCCAGUUGUUGCUCUACUAAGGGUAGACCCACAGCAGUUAACAGGCAUAACUAAGGGUUGGUCAUUUCAGUGGGUCUACGUUGAGUAGAACCUAGUUGUCUGCAGCCCAAACUGUAUCUACUGAAGUUUUAUGAUCAGAGGUUGAUUCAAGGAAAUGGCAUUAAGGUGUUUAGGUUGUUUCUCUUGGGCUAGUCCUCCUUUCCUUCUCCUACUCAUUCUCUCACUCACAAACACCUUUUACAUUCAAAGUUUAUUCUGCAGUUUUGCAGGCUAGGUAGGAACCUUUUUCAUUAAUGAAAGAGGAAGCCCUCAGGGUGCUGAUCUCUGCUCCCAAUGCCAGACUCCACAACUGAAAUGGGAUCAUGGAGCUGGAUUGUGUUAGCCACACAACUAAGGACUUUCACACAUCCGCUUGUCCUGCCAAUUUCCCCUAGGUAAACUCUGCUCUUUACCACUGAAUCAGAGAAAACAUCAAUUGGUCUUUCCACAGAUUGAAGUUUGCUCCGAUUUAGCCAUAGAGAGCCGGUUUUCCUGGGAAAAGCCAAAAUCCAUUGGACCUGCGCUAUCUGAGCAUGGGACAAGCGGGAAUGUGGAUGAGCCCUUAACUUUGCUAUGUUAACUCAUACACUGAAGUUCCUCAUUCAGUUACCAACAAGAGAACGGAAUACCAAUACUGUGAGAACAGGUAGAAUACAGCUUCAUUAAUAAAAGACCGAUGUCAAAAGACUAUAAAUAUGUGUUUCUUUUUUGACAGAUGUGGGCUAAUGUUGACCUUAGCCAUUAACCUCUUGCUGUGGCUCUUAGCAGUGACUGAUGACUCAGUUCACAAGGAAAUUGAAUCAGAACAAAACAAUACCAUGCAGAGAUAUGAAGGCAAGGUUCAUUCUCUAUUUUAUUUUAUUUUGAAGUGGGCAAGAGAUCCAAAAACAAGAUACAUUCUUCAACUUCUUAAAAAGGGUAGAGAAGUAGAAUGGGGAACAUGCCAGGUGAGCAAAAAGCUUUGCACAUUUCCACACAAACAAACUGUGAUUGUGAAGACAUCACAUGCAAUAAGAUGUUAACCUACCGGUAGGUUAUGAACUCUAUUGAUAGCUUAGGUGAUCGGAAAGGAGGGUGGGUUAUUUGCUCACUGAAAUUAAGUGAGCCCUGAUGGAUCAUUUAUAGUCCAGCAUCCUGUUUUCAACGUAGCCAAGCCUAAAAGCAGAACAUGAAUAUAACAUUACAAAUGGUUUUCUAGAUGCAAAACCAUUUUGGGGGUGGAGAGGUCCUGCUUCUUGUAGACCAGUGAUGGCCAAACUUGGCCCUCCAGCUGUUUUGGGACUACAAUCCCCAUCAUCCCUGACCACUGGUCCUGUUAGCUAGGGAUGAUGGGAGUUGUAGUUCCAAAACAGCUGGAGGGCCAAGUUUGGACAUGCCUGUCGUAGACCUAUAUGACGAAUAGAAUGUAGGGAUGAUCGCGGAGUGGGGAGUGGGGUCCGGAGGGAGCACACUCCCCACCCGCAGGCAGCCUCAGCCUGCCUGCACGUGUGACCUUGGGGUGUGGAGCACAUACACCCCUCACAGACAAAGCCACGGCUGUCUGAACAUGGUUGCCUCUGUCUAACCUUUUGCGGUCUCAGUAGUCUGCGGUGUCCUGUCUGUAGCCUUUGUUUCUGAGACCUUUUGUCUCCUUCGUCACACACUGUGCAAGGGGAAAAUGAUGCGGUGGAAACAGGUGCCAAAAUACCUUUGUACUACCUCACGAUCUCAGGACCGGAAGAUGUGUAAAGGUCACAGCCCAAAAUGUAUCUGCUUGGUUUACAUAUUUGUCUCAAUAAAAGGAGGCUCCACAGGGCUGGCCGGCAGCUUGCAUGCAGCUCACCUGUGCGCAGCUCACCUGCAUUAUCAACUCCUGCCUCAUGUCCAUCACUUCAAUAGAAACCCAGUCAAUCUGAUGCCUCCUUUCCCAACUGUAUUGCAAAAUUUUGAGUUCCAGUCCUGUACCUUGAUGAGUAGGAGAGAGGGAAGAAUGGUCCAACAGUAGUACCGUGAUUGGUGGCUCCAGAUAUGUCCAGUUUCCUUGUAAUGUCACAAACUGUAGUCUAAUCACUGGAUUACUUGGUCUGUGCCUGUCCUGAUAACUUAAAAUGCCAGUAUUAAACAGACAAGAGCAAAAAACACACAGAGCUGCAAUCAGGCGUAAUUCACAAGGAGCCAAGAACAGAAAUAGAGUCAUGUGCCUUUCAAAAAGAAAUGUGUGCCAAUACUGAUGGGUUAAGACAGGAUCGCCCCAUGCAGGUUGAGUAUCAGCAUUUGAUUCCAGCACCUUUUCAUGUGCAAACUUCAUAGAAGUCUUCUAAUUCUCCCCAUCUUAUUCCAGGCAAUGGGACCAGCUCCUGCAGGUGCUCCAACAAAACAGGCUGCAAGGUCUUCCAGAAUGGCUAUAUUUUGCUGUACCCCUUCAACACAGAAUACUGCCUGAUCUGCUGCUCCAUGCUUUAUGUCAUGUGGAAGAACGUGGGCCGGCGCAUAGCUCAGCACCAUAGUACUUGUGCCAAACCCAGAUUCAAACCACAUGGGGUCAUUUUCGGGCCGCUGCUGGGCAUCUUCGCAGUGAUCGCUGGCAUCUGCAUUUUCAUGGUGUAUCAGGUCCAAGCCACCAGCUCCUCCCCGAGCCAUCAAGCAUUCAUUCUCUAUUAUUCCUACUACAUCGUUUUGUUGCCUGUGAUGACACUAGGAGCCUUAAUUGGAACCAUCACCCAUGGCUUAGAAGAGAGGGAGCUGGACACGCUAAAAAACCCAACACGAAGCCUCGAUGUGAUAUUGCUCAUGGGAGCAGCCUUAGGCCAGAUCGGCAUCUCUUACUUUUCCAUUGUGGCCAUUGUGGCCACAGACCCAACGGAUUUGUUGAACAGCAUCAUCCUAGUCUAUUCGGUGAGCCUCAUCAUUCAGCACAUCACCCAGAACAUCUUCAUCAUUGAGGGGCUCCAUAGACAGCCACUGCCAGCAAAUGAAGGUCGCAGCCAGGAUGAACAUUCCAGGAAUGGCUCUGCCUCAACCCAGAGCCCACCCAGUGAAGACAUGAUUGCAUCCCCUGGCUGUCGAGAACCUGUCUCAUCCGCAGCCAACAAGGAGGCAGAUCCCAAUGAAGGGGAGAAAUGUGAACAUGCUAGCGCCCCAAAAGUUUGCAACCCAGAGAGAAGGCAGGACAUCCGGAAAGCUUCACAGACCUACAUCCAGACCUACAGCCAUUUGAACUGGAAGAGGAAAGUUCUGAAAGAGAUCUCUAGCUUCUUGAUCAUGUGCAACAUCAUAGUAAGUGCUUGACUUCAGUGCAUAUAGAAAACUGAGGUGCGGAUUGUAGUGAAGAGCCCCAAAGCCUGCCCAGGAACAUGAGUAGUUCCCAUCUCUAAACUUGAGGUUUGCUGCCACCAGCCCUCACUUUUCCCUCUUACUUUGAGACAAAGACAAUUCUCAAAGCUACAAGCAGUUAAUAUUAGUUAGGGCAGAGUUUGGCACCAUGUGUGGGCACCACUGUGCUUGUUAGUACCUCCUAGGGCACCCAUGAAACAUCUCUUCUAAAAUCCGCAAUGCAUGAGAACACGGUUUGCUCUUCCUUAAUAUAAGGUCAGGGCAGGGCUUUUUUUUCAGUCGGAGCUCAGCUCUGGCACCUCUCAGGUGGGCGUCAUUGCCAUUCUAAGAGAACGAGGGAGACGUUCAUUGUGAGCUCUGGCAUCUCUUUCUAGGAAAAACAGUACUGGGAGGGAGGGGUAAGAAAACAAGAGGAUAGAUAAACCUUUGUAUAUGGGAUCACACUAGCAGCAGGGGACAACCCUGGCACAUGGAACCAAGGUUGCUUUGAUUUUCAGGUCACUGGAAAAGGAGGAACAGGAAGUGGGGGCCUAAAUCAAAGGCAAAAAAUACAUUGAGCUAUCUCCAUAUUAACUGUCCCCCUUCCCUGAGCUGCGAUUGACAAACAUUCUCUGAUUUUUGCUCUUUUCACACCCCUUUUCAGUUGUGGAUCAUGCCAUCAUUUGGAGCGCAUCCGGUGUUUGAGAAUGGAAUAGAGAAAUCAUUUUAUGGCUACUCUACCUGGUUUGUUAUUGUCAAUUUCGGGCUUCCCUUGGGUGUGUUCUACAGGAUGCAUUCCGUUGGCGAUCUUCUGGAGGUGUACCGAUCUGCUUGA